AUGAACCCAUCUAUCCAUAACCCACUCUCCCACUCACUCACCUUCUUCGACCUUAUGUGGUUCAAACUCCCCCGCGUCACAGAGAAUGUCGCUUGGAAGAUUCCAAUGCUGCUUCAGUCGGGUCACAUUCCAGGUCGGCCCGGGGAAAAAGGGUUAGGUUUCGGGUGGGGCAUACUGGAGAAAGGGGAGAUCGUGUUCAAUACGAUCAAGGCGCAUUGUCAAGAAGAUUGGCUUCUCUCUCAAGAAACACGAAAUGAAUGUUAUGACUGA